AUGCCUUCAAAGCAAAGAAAAAUUGCUAUGAUGGGUUAUCGAUCUGUUGGUAAAUCGUCUUUAAUUAUUCAAUUUGUCGAGGGACAGUUCGUUGAUUCAUACGAUCCUACGAUUGAGAACACCUUCACAAAGUUUAUACGGUUAAAUUCGACAGAGUAUGAAGUAAAAUUAGUAGAUACAGCUGGCCAAGAUGAAUAUAGUAUUUUCCCUUUGCAGUAUAGUAUGGACUUUCAUGGUUAUGUUCUAGUCUACUCUAUUACCUCCAGCAAGAGUUUUCAAAUUGUUCAAAUAAUUUACGACAAACUACUGGAUAUGGUGGGAAAAAUCCAUGUACCAAUUGUUCUAGUUGGAAAUAAAACCGAUCUUCAUUUGGAAAGAAAAAUAAGCACAGAAGAAGGUAAAAGGCUUGCAGAAAAAUGGAAGGCUGCUUUUGUUGAAACCAGUGCGAAGAGAAAUGAGUCCGUGACAGAUAUGUUCCAUGCAAUCCUGUCAGAAAUUGAGAGGUCUGAUGGACAUUUACAAGAAAAGAAUGGAUGUGUGGUGUCA